CCUGUCUUCAAUUCAAAGGAGUUUUAUUUGAGCAAAGUUCAAGCAGGAAUUAGAUAACUUCCCUUUUGCUCCUUCUGCUAGUUCAGAAACUAUAGAACAGGAGCAAGCAACCAAAUACAGAGGGAUAAAUCGCACAAAUACCACUUCAACUAAACCCAAGCCAAAUGUAAGCGAUUCAAGAAAUAAUGGAACUGAAGACAGCAAACUUCAGGGAUGCUGCAGACGUCUGGGCCCUCUGCUAUCAUUUGUGUUUCUAUAGUCAAGGUUCAGUUAUACCAGUUUAGACAAUUCCUUGGAAACAAUGUUCAUUGUUACGCUGCUCCAGGAGCACAGCAAUUCCUUUGAUGAGCUCUAAGAGAUUGGUAACAAUACCUCCUAAAGGGCCAGGUUGCUAGGUAACAGCUUGUUUCCUUGGUCACGGUGAAUACAUGGAAGUCCCCCAAAAGAGGCUGCAGAUUCUUGGUGGACAGCUCUCCUAUCCCCUCCCGGGAACAUGACGAAAAAUGUCUUCAGAAAAAUAGCUUUUUGAAGGCCAGAGGAACUUUAUGCACGGGCAAGGCAUGUCUGAAAGCUCCUCAGGUCAAAACACAGGCAGUCAGAAGAUCUGUCCAUCAAGUUCAUCAUACUGUUCCGGUCUGAGUGAGUCACGCUCUAGGUCGGCUCUGUCGAGGAACAGAACAUUCCAUCCGCGUUUGGAUUCUGGAAUAUCAUCCCUGCUUCCAUCAGAUUCUUUUAAGUACAUCACUUGGCUCGAAGUAGAACAACAUGACAUUCAAGGGAGUCAACUGCGUUGCCCAAGGGUAAGAGAAGGACCCCCUGCGGAAGAGUUACUCCUCCAACAGGAGAAGUGUCCCUUGCCUCCACGGAAAAGAGUCCUUGACAAAAACAAAUGGGAAACAUGGCUACAGGAAAACUGGGAGGACUGCACGAAUUUGAACCUUUCAUUUCAGGAUUUGGGGGACCCUUAUCAACUUGCAAAUUUUAAUAGGAUUCUUAGAAGACUAAUUCGAGUGGAAACCCUUUGGUUAGUGGAUAAUUCACUGGUGGAUUUAAGUGCCAUAAGACUGCCAAGCUGCAGAGUUUUAAAUAUGAACAAAAACUAUCUCACAUCCUUCAAGCAAUUGCCAAAGAUGCCUCAGAUACAGCACUUAUCGUUGGCUGAAAACUACAUUGAGACUCUGACCGGGCUCUCCCGUUUACGGGGCGCUCCGCUAGAAUCCCUCGUGCUCAAGAGGAACCCUUGUGAGUUUCACCAACAUUACCGGAAACGAGUGUUCUCCUGUUUGCCAAACUUAAAAAUGCUGGAUGGGAUCCUGAAACUACCUGAAGAUUCUUCACCACCAGAAACCAGUAUUUUUUCAAAAAUGUGUAUUUUAUCUUAAUGCAAUCUAUAUAGAGAGAAAGUAACCACCAUUGUCUCUAAAAGCUAAUAAACACAAGAAAUGCAUGACUAAGUAUUGCUCCUUAUUCUAUCGAUGUUUAUAUACAUUGCUUUCCUUUAAACCAGUGAUCUCCAGUUUUUUAAAAUUCUAUACUCCUAUCAGUAAAUAAACUUUCAGCACACACAUAUAACUAUUAGUUUUUAUUCAGAAAUUGUAUAGG